AAUCACAGCUGCAUUCGCUGAAAAAAUGAGAAUCUCAGAGGCCAGGUUAUUAGCCCUAUCGGAGCGUGUUGUUGGCAUUAGGCACACACACACAACAUCACAUCGCAGCGUCACGGCGUCGCAUCUAAUUCGCGUUUGAUUAUUUAAAUUAGCAAAAUGAGUGACAGACCGGACCGGAGUGGACCGGAGGGAACCGAAAACACGCUCUCAAAUUGAAUAGUUGCUGCAGCUGGUGUCCGAGAAGAUCCAAAAAUAAACGGCAUCAAAGUGCCCAGGCGGGCUGGACCACUGUGGAAAAUUGUGCUGUCCAGUACUGCUCCGGGAGCCCGAGACCGUUGAACUGAGUGACGAGUAUUACGACGCAGCGCUGCACAGACGGAGGAGCCCAUAGCCCCACCAGCCGAGCUCUGGGCACAGAAAAUUCACUUUUUCAGAAAAUGUAUUUAGUGCAGGGGCGACAUUCGCAGCGACAACGAAAACGACAGCGACAGCAACAGCGAGAGCAACAGCCACUUGACUUGCAGCACUGAGCACGUCGGAAAGCAGCGACAAUUGAGAGGAGGAGAAACUGCCGGGACAGUUUUUUUGGGGGGAGUCAGUGGAAAAAUAGGAUUCCAAUUCAGGAAAGGGCUCGUGCUGCUGCUACUGCUGUUGCUGCGUCGCUCAGAUUAGAGCUGAGCAAACCCUAAACCAAACCCUAACCUUGAGCAAACCAAAGCAAGACAAGAAGCCACAUCGUUGAAGAGAACAUGGGCAAAUUAGUGACUUAUAUCUUUAUCGUCAGCUCAGUGGUGCUGUGGUAUCUGCUGUUAUUCGAUGGCGGCAGAGGCGUGGAGGCGACCAACGGGCACGGCAGCCAGCUGGAGGGGCGCGACUUCCACCACCACGGCGGGAGCCACCACAUACGCCGUAACAUCAACCACUGCUGGCGGCGCUACGAUGGCUACAACCUGCAGAACACCAUUGUCAACAAGAAGGAGCAGCUGAAGAAGCCCUACGGCAUAUUGUGCAAUUUCAAGUGCACUUGGUUCUUCACAACAAGCUUCCCCACUUGCGAGUUUAUCUAUGACUAUAAGCUAUCCUGCGUGCUGUUCACCUCACUGCCCGACUGUACCACCGUCAAGUGUACGCUCUUAAAUUAUUUUAGCUAGAGCCCCAGCUGCUAGCCCAGCCCCGCUCCCCACUGCAGUGCAGGUCAUAUCCGUAAACAUACUGUUAGCUAUUUUAUUGUAUUUAUUUAUAUUUCAGUAGCAGUCUAAGCUUUUAAUUUCAUAGAAUAAGUCUGAUUACUACUAGAUUUUAUAUGGAAAUGGAAACCGUUUAAGAGGUACAUAAAGAGGGACAGAAACACUUUGAAUCAUCUCUUUGAAUUUGACAAUCGAAGCUACUCCAAGUGUGCGUCAGCAACGCCAUUUUCACUAAUUUUGUUGAGCAGGUUUAAAUGCUACAAAUGCUUUCAGUGCACUAUGGGUAAAAAGCCCGUUUUUUUGGCAUUAACCAAACCAAAAGAGCUCUACAAAUUGGCAUGAAUGUUUGCUAGACUAAAGUAGAUUUUUGGAAAAUAAAUGUAGUCAUUUGGACCCCGUCUACCUCCCGCCCCCAUGCAAACUGGAACCCAUUGUUCAAAAGAUUAAUUAUGCUAAAAGAUCCUUUAAACAUUUAAGAACUUUUGAAAAAAAUAUAUUUGAUUGACUGAUUGAA